UCUGUUUCUCUGCGUGCAGCCAUAGAAGCCAUGUUAAUCUGGACAAGAGAAAGCACUGCUACGUUCUGUAUUAAAGACCAUCAGUCCAUAGGAACUUGUGAUCAAGCAUCUUCAAGUUGCGUCAUUUUAAAGUCACACAUCAAUAUCACCACAAGAACAGUUGAACCGCAAUUCGACAACACUGAACUGGACACUAUGGACCUAGUUCGCCUGCAGUUACCUGGGCGCCGACUGUUGCACGUGGGGACACACAAGAGGGAGAAGCCAUACAAGUGUGAUGUCUGCCCUGCAGAGUUCAUGCGGAACGGGCAUCUACGGGAUCACGAGAGGAUACACACGGGUGAGAAACCAUACAAGUGUGAUCUCUGUCCUGCAGAGUUCACCCGGAGCAUCGACCUGAAGCGUCAUAGAAGGACGCACACAGGCGAGAAGCCAUACAAGUGCGAUGUCUGCCCUGCGGUGUUCAGCCGGAAUGGGUAUCUACAGGAUCACAAGAAGACACACGUGGGCGAGAAGCCAUACGAGUGUGAUCUCUGUCCUGCGGGGUUCGUUCACAGCAUAGACCUGAAGCGUCACAAGUGGACGCACACCGGCGAGAAGCCAUACAAGUGCGAUGUCUGCCCUGCGGGGUUCAGCCACAGCGGGCAUCUAAAAGUUCACAAGCGGACACACACGGGUGAGAAGCCAUAUAAGUGUGAUCUCUGUCCUGCAGAGUUCACUCAGAACACGGACCUGCAGCGUCACAAGAGGACGCACACAGGGGAGAAGCCAUACAAGUGUAAUGUCUGCCCUGCGGUGUUCAGCCGGAACGGGCAUCUACGGGAUCACAAAAUGACACACACGGGUGAGAAACCAUACAGGUGUGAUCUCUGUCCUGCACAAUUCAGUCAGAAAACUGACAUGCUGCGUCACAAGAGGACGCACACAGGUGAGAAGGCAUAAAAGUGUGAUGUCUGCCCUGCAGCGUUCAGCCGGAAGAGGUAUCUACAGGAUCACAAGAAGCCACACGCAGGUGAGAAACCAUACAAGUGUGAUUUCUGUCCUACUUGACAGCCACAAGGUACUUGGGAUAGAAUGCCAUUCAAGUGCAGAGGCCAGGUACAAGUACACAAGAAAGAGACCGUCCAUGGGUCAGUUUGUUUGCCCUUUACCUGGAGACCUGAAGAAGUACAUAGUAAUGGAAUGUACGGAAGGCUGUACGUCUGUAUUCCACCGCACUUUAUUUCUUUUGGAUGUUUUAAAACUCGCACGCAUGAACAGUCUGAGGUUCAAAAAGAGCUGGAUUCGAAGUGGAUUGGGUGGCAAUAGAUGUGAGGUGUCAGGAAACCCAGUGGCUGUGGAGUGACACCUAUGGAGCGAUCACUAUGAGACAAUCGUGUGUGGCACGAGAGAUUAAAAGUGGUUGUGAUGUUUGUUACAUCAGAUAGCAUUACCUUUAUAAAUGAAUAAAUGUUCACAUGACCGACACGUUUCAGGUA